AUGUCAACAACAGCCACGAUGGGCGAAAUGGCAAACAGCGCAGUGGAGUUUUAUCCCAAAGGGACUCGAGGCGGGGGUGGAGGUGGAGGAAGAGCGGACGGCAGCAAUGCAGGGGGAGACUUUGGGGUCACAGUGGAAGAGCUGAGGGAGCUGAUGGAGCUCCGAGGGGCUGACGCCUUGACUAAGAUCCAGGAAAGCUACGGAGACACAGAGGGGCUCUGCCAGAGACUACUGUCCAGCACCACUGAGGGUCUCAGUGGGGACCCUGCAGAUCUGGAGCGUCGGGGCCAAACGUUCGGCCAAAACUUCAUCCCCCCGAAGAAGCCCAAGACUUUCCUUGAGCUCGUGUGGGAAGCACUUCAGGAUGUCACGCUCAUCAUCUUGGAGAUCGCUGCCAUCAUCUCCCUCGCACUGUCUUUCUACCAGCCUCCUGGAGAUGAACAUCAGGCAUGUGGGGAAGUGUCUGCGGGUGCAGAGGAUGAAGGUGAGGGUGAGGCCAACUGGAUCGAAGGUGCGGCCAUCCUGCUCUCUGUUGCGUGUGUCGUCUUGGUGACAGCAUUUAAUGACUGGUCCAAAGAGAAGCAGUUCCGGGGUCUACAGAGUCGGAUCGAGCAGGAACAGAAGUUCACUGUUGUGCGGAAAGGAAAUGUCAUCCAGAUCCCUGUGGCUGACAUGGUAGCGGGGGACAUGGCCCAGGUUAAAUACGGGGACCUGCUGCCAGCUGACGGCAUCUUGGUCCAAGGCAACGAUCUGAAGAUAGAUGAGAGCUCUCUUACAGGAGAGUCUGACCAUGUACGCAAGUCUGUGGAUAAGGAUCCCAUGCUGCUCUCAGGUACCCAUGUAAUGGAGGGCUCAGGCAGGAUGCUAGUGACGGCGGUUGGUGUCAACUCGCAGACAGGUAUAAUCUUCACUCUGCUCGGUGCUGGAGAGAUGGAGGAAGAAGGUAAAGAAAAGAAAGGAAAACAACCUGAUGGAGUUGUGGAGAACAAUCAGAACAAAGCCAAGAAGCAGGACGGGGGUGUUGCCAUGGAGAUGCAACCCCUGAAGAGCGCAGAGGGAGGGGAGGUAGAGGACAGAGAGAAGAAGAAGACUAAUGUUCCAAAGAAAGAAAAGAGCGUGUUACAGGGCAAGCUCACCAAACUGGCUGUUCAAAUUGGCAAAGCAGGUUUGGUGAUGUCGGCCAUCACUGUCAUCAUCCUGGUCCUCUACUUUGUCAUCGACACAUUUGUGGUUGAAGGUCAGAUGUGGCUGACAGAGUGUACUCCGGUCUACAUCCAGUACUUUGUCAAGUUCUUCAUCAUUGGAGUCACUGUGUUGGUGGUGGCUGUCCCAGAGGGCUUACCUCUCGCUGUGACCAUCUCCCUGGCUUACUCUGUCAAGAAAAUGAUGAAGGACAACAAUCUUGUACGCCACCUGGAUGCAUGUGAGACCAUGGGCAACGCUACGGCCAUCUGUUCUGACAAGACCGGCACCCUCACCACCAACCGCAUGACGGUGGUGCAGGCUUUCGUAGGUGACGUACACCAUCGUUUGAUCCCGGACCCUGGACAGAUCAACGCUCGGACACUGGAUCUGUUAGUCAAUGCUAUUGCAAUCAACAGCGCCUACACCUCCAAGAUCCUGCCGCCUGAUGUUGAGGGGGGUCUGGCUAAGCAGGUGGGCAACAAGACGGAAUGUGGCCUGCUGGGAUUUGUAUUAGACCUGCAGCAGGACUAUACCCCUGUCAGAGAGCAGAUCCCUGAGGAGAGACUGUACAAGGUGUAUACAUUCAACUCAGUGCGUAAAUCCAUGAGCACGGUGAUCAAACUACCCGAUGGUUCCUUCCGCCUCUACAGCAAAGGAGCCUCUGAAAUCAUGCUGAAGAAGUGUUCCUACAUCCAAGAUGCCAAUGGAGAAUCACGCACUUUCCGCCCACGUGACAGAGACGAGAUGGUCAAACAGGUGAUCGAGCCAAUGGCGUGUGAGGGGUUGAGGACCAUCUGCAUUGCAUACCGCGACCUGCCGUCUAAUCCGGAGCCAGACUGGGAAAAUGAGGCAGAUAUAGUGACAGAGUUGACCUGCAUCACUGUGGUAGGGAUAGAGGACCCUGUUCGACCUGAGGUGCCCGAUGCCAUCCGUAAGUGUCAGCGUGCAGGCAUCACAGUGCGGAUGGUGACUGGUGAUAACAUUAACACAGCCAGGGCCAUUGCUGCUAAAUGCGGCAUCAUCCACCCUGGGGAUGACUUUAUCUGUCUAGAGGGCAAAGACUUCAACCGACGAAUCAGGAACGAGAAAGGAGAGAUUGAACAGGAACGUAUCGACAAAAUCUGGCCCAAACUCCGUGUGUUGGCUCGAUCUUCUCCAACUGAUAAACACACACUGGUCAAAGGCAUCAUUGACAGCACCAUCAUAGAACAGAGGCAGGUUGUCGCAGUAACAGGAGAUGGAACCAAUGACGGACCAGCUUUGAAGAAGGCUGAUGUGGGCUUUGCAAUGGGCAUCGCAGGGACAGACGUGGCUAAAGAGGCAUCGGACAUCAUCCUGACUGAUGACAACUUCAGCAGCAUUGUGAAGGCGGUGAUGUGGGGACGAAAUGUCUAUGACAGCAUCUCCAAGUUCCUGCAGUUCCAGCUCACGGUCAACGUAGUGGCUGUCAUAGUGGCCUUCACCGGGGCCUGCAUCACUCAGGACUCUCCACUGAAGGCAGUGCAGAUGCUGUGGGUGAAUCUGAUCAUGGACACAUUUGCUUCUCUGGCCCUGGCCACCGAACCCCCCACUGAGGCCCUGUUGCUACGGAAACCAUACGGCCGGAACAACCCGCUCAUCUCCCUCACCAUGAUGAAGAACAUCCUAGGCCACGGAGUGUACCAGCUGGUCAUCAUCUUCACCCUCCUGUUCAUAGGUGAGCGCAUCUUUAACAUCGACAGCGGCCGCAACGCUCCGCUCCACUCCCCUCCAUCCGAGCACUACACCAUCAUCUUCAACACCUUCGUCCUCAUGCAGCUUUUCAACGAGAUCAACGCCCGCAAAAUCCACGGAGAGAGAAACGUCUUUGACGGCAUAUUUGCCAACCCCAUCUUCUGCACCAUCGUUCUGGGAACCUUCGCUGUGCAGAUCGUGAUCGUGCAGUGGGGAGGGAAGCCCUUCAGCUGCGCCCCUCUCAACAUGGAGCAGUGGCUCUGGUGCCUGUUCGUGGGAGUUGGAGAGCUGCUCUGGGGGCAGGUGAUCGCCACAGUGCCAACUGAGCGGCUGCCGUGCCUGAAGGAGGCGGGUAUGGGCCUGGAGCCAGGAGAGGACGAAGGAGAGGAGAUGGCGGAGGACGAGGAGGAGAUCGACUGCGCAGAGAGAGAGCUGCGCCGCGGACAGAUCCUUUGGUUCAGAGGCCUCAACCGCAUCCAGACCCAGAUGCGAGUGGUGAAAGCAUUCCGUAGUUCGCUGUACGAGGGCCGGGAGAAACCGGAAUCCCGCAACUCCAUCCACAACUUCAUGGCCCACCCGGAGUUCCUCAUCAAUGACCUCAUCCACAACAUCCCGCUGAUCGACGACACUGAUGUGGACGACGAAUCAGAGCUCAGCAGAUACCAGCACCUGCACCCGGCCCUCCGCAAACCUCCACCCCCUCCCACCCAGCCCCAGCCCCCAGCCCGCACCCGCCCUACCCGCCCCUACCGCCAGUACAGCCUCCCGGUGACCCCAUGCAACCGAAACAACAACAACAACAGCAGCAGCAGCAGCAGCAUCAGUUCAACGGUCACCCAUGGCAACAAACACAGCACCAACGCAGUUAUCCCCUUCAACCGGAGCCCCCAUCACUAUCACCAACACCACCACAACCAUCAUGGUAGAGACAGGCCGUUGAAACCCUCCACCCCUCACCUUGCCCACCUCUACUGCGUGGAAACCUCCUUAUAA